GUACUCCCACUACUAUAGUUUAAGUUGAUUAAAUUUGAAAGAGGCGCCGGCUUUGACUCUUGUUUCAUCGUUCAGUUGGAUAUUGGAUAUACUGUGUUUUUAUCGUUAUUGACAAGUGGAAACCUUUUUUGCCACAGCCACAACAAAACCAUUUCCAACCACCAGUUACAGUAUCUCUCUCUCUCUCUCUCUCUCUCUCUCUCUCUCUCACUAAAACAUCUCUCCACCAAUAUACACACAGCUACAGACUUCUCGUGAAUCUAGAGUUUGAUUGGAUUUUUGCGAGGAUAUAUAGCUAUAGCUAUAUACACGGAUGUAGCGUCACAGUCUCAAUUUUCCUUGUAUUCACCUCUCUACAACAAUGGCGUCUCCGACUCCGCUCUCGUCGCCGCAUUCUCCAAAUCCCUUGCAAUUGCCGCUACACUCCCCUCACUUCCGCCUUAUCUUGGCUGGAAUUUCGCUAUCGCAGUCGAAGCAAAAAAUUUCGCGCCAAUUAUUGUUGUGGCAGCAUCACCACCAGCAGCCGCGGAGGAUCUGGGAUCCCCUGCUCCACGUCGGAGCUAAGGAAGUUGCGAUAAAGUGUUUCGCGGAAUCGGCGGAGGAAAUUGAAAGUUCAGGUGAAUCUGUGUUGGAUAAGGAUGGGGAAGAUGGGGUCUCUGACGAGGAGGUCGGUAUAGUUCAGGAUUUCCCCAACGGUGCUGCUGUUUCGCAGAGGACCUCGGAUUCUCUUUCCCUUGGGAUUCGAGAGCCAGUGUAUGAGGUUGUGGAAGUAAAGUCUAAUGGGAUCGUAUCCAAACGGAAAAUUAGUAGGAGACACUUGUUAAAAUCAAGUGGUCUCCGACCUCGAGAUGUUAGGAGCGUUGAUCCAUCGCUGUGGUUAACCAAUACAAUGCCUGUAAUAUUGGUGCGGGAAUAUGCAAUUUUGCUGAACUUGGGAUCUUUACGAGCAAUUGCAAUGCAAGAAUGUGUUUACAUAUUCAAUUAUAACCGGAGAGCAGGAAAAGCAUUUAUUGAUGCGUUGUUACCCCGCCUAAACCCGAAAAACAUGAAUGGAGGGCCCUCAAUGCCAUUUGUGCUUGAGGUAGUUGAGGCGGCACUACAUUCUCGAAUACAACGCCUCGAACAGAGAUUAAUGGAUUUAGAACCACGUGUCCAAAAUUUGCUUGAGGUUCUUCCUAAUCGAUUGACUGCCAACAUAUUGGAGGAACUUCGAAUUAGCAAACAAACACUAGUAGAAUUGGGCUCAAAGGCUGGGGCUUUGAAGCAAAUGUUACUUGAUAUCCUUGAGGAUACCCAUGAAAUACGGAGAAUAUGUAUUAUGGGAAGAAACUGCACUCUAUCAAAAACUGAUGAUAUGGAAUGCUCUGUUCCCUUGGAGAAAGAGAUAGCUGAGGAAGAGGAAGAAGAGAUUGAAAUGCUUUUGGAAAAUUAUCUCCAAAGAUGCGAAUCUUGUCAUGGUCAAGCAGAGAGGCUUCUUGAUUCAGCAAAGGAAAUGGAGGAUUCAAUUGCCGUUAACCUGAGCUCUCGGAGACUUGAAGUUAGCAGAGUGGAACUGCUCCUUCAGGUUGGGGCAUUAUGCGUCGGAGUUGGUGCCCUAGUUGCAGGUAUAUUUGGCAUGAACUUGAGAUCUUAUCUCGAGGAACGUGUGUUUGCCUUUUGGCUGACAACAGCAGGGAUUUUAGUGGGUGCUCUGCUGGGAUUCUUUCUCAUGUAUGCAUACCUCAGGCAAAAGAAGAUUUUGUGAACAUUAGAGAAGCCCACGUCUUCAACUUCUAACACAGUCAGCUCCAAACACAAUUUUGGUUGAUAUGAUUGGAGACACAUACAAGGUUAUAUGAUGGUGUUGGUAUUUAUACUGUCAAAGAACCCCUACAAUCCUCAGAUGCUUAAGCAAUGCGAUGUUGCAUCCUCCGAGGGUAACUCGACUAGAGGCAUGUGAAGCAUGAGAUAAAUGAACAAGAGGAUUCAGACUAAUUCAUUGUUGUGGGUGGUGGUGGUGUAUGACCACCUAGUUGAAGGCAAGGUCGCAGGCUUGGUCUAUUGUCUUUUCAUGUUCGAGGGCCGAUAUUUACAUCGUAGCUAAAUAAUAUUCAUAACGAUUGUGCACAUUAUGUUUGUAUGAAGCUUAAGAUGAGUGAUGAUGCUGGAAAAAGAUAAGCUCAUUCGUAUA